UUACGUCGCGGUCGGAACACCGUCGUAGGUUUUAGUCCGCGUUUGAGCUUGUAACGAGUCGCGCGUGUCGUAACUUAAAAUAAUCGUUUUUUUUUGUUUUUUUAAUAUUGUGACAUAAUGAAAUUUAUUGACAAUGUUAAUAAUAACUUAUUAAUUAUACUCUAUAACUUGAUCUUAAAAUAAAAAUGAAAAUUUUAAGGUAAUAAAUAGUAUGAAGAUACAAGAAUUUUCUUACGUGACUUGAGCAAGGAAUUUAUUAAUAAAUUAAACAGACUGCCAUCCGAGACUGGAGAAUAUUCCGGCCAAAGAUACAAUGACUGGAUUGAUUUUCUAGUUUAAUAUAAAAAAAAAUUUUAUCAACUAAAUAAAAUGCCAAAGAUGAAUUAGCUGCCAAAGUAAAUACUAAAUAUAAAUAAAAUGAGAGGAAUACUAUAUACAUAAAAAUAAUAUUAUUUUUUUUUUGAGUAAAAAAAAUAAGCAAAAAAAAAAAAAGAAAAAUAUAGAAAACACAUUCUAAUAAAAAUAAAGUAAAGUUAAAUAAAGAGGAUAAAGUGAAUAGAAGAGAUCGAAGUGUGAUCCUAUAAAUAUUCAAGUCAAGUCAAGGAAUCUCGAAAAAAGAAUACGAGAAUAUAUAUUGUCGUAGGAUAUCGAAUUCCUCUUUUGAACGAGUGAUAAGGAAAGACAAAAGGAAAGGAAGCCAUGAAAAGGUUGGGGUCCAUGUGCAAGUAAUGGGGAAGGAUUUUAUUUUUUCAUUCAAAGAGAUAAUAGUGAGAGCUAUUGAGUAUUAGAAAAAAAAUAAAAAAAUAAUAAAGAGAAAAAAGACAGCUGUCUAAUAGAUAAGAGGCAGAAUCCGGUGUUAAAACCGGAAGUAUUUAGUGCACGUGGUUAAAAGAGUCUGUGAGAUGGUCUCAGGGUGGUGCCCAUGCGUGCCUCUCGGGCGUCGGGAGUCAUCGCGCCCACAUCCAACAAAUUCAGGCGGCCCUUACACUGUCAGUGCUGCAACGGAUCACGCUGAAAUGGUCCAGAUGUUUUAUUAUGAAAAUCGUGGUAAAUGUUGUAGGAAAUUACUUAGAUACAACGGAUACCCUAAUAAGGUUCUCUUAUUUCCUGAAGAAGGAUGGGCAAGAAGUGCAAGUAGUUCUUAUUGGACAUUGACACCUUUUUGGUGGAGCCGAAGUCGAUGUAAAGUCGUGGAAGUUGCAGGAACAAGAAGAUAUACAACUCAAGCGAAGAUGGUUGAUACGGGAACAGGAACGCUUUAUAUCAUUGGAUCAUUUAAGCGACAGACUGUUGAUCCGGAUUUCAAGUUGUACCUGACAUCGAAUGUAACAUCAAGUGACUUUAACAUGGGCUACAGCAUGACCGGGACUUUAGAACGUGGCUGUAAAAAAACGAACUCAUUUCAAAUGACACAUUUUGCCGUGAUACGACGACGAGAUUAUGAAAAAGCUUACGAAGAUCCAAAUCCCACCUAGUGCUCGUCACCACCCACACACUCGGAGUGUGGGGAUUAUGAACAUUAUACGUAAACUGCCAAGUGUCAUUCAUUAAAAGUAUUAAAAAAAAUUAUGCAAGUGACAAAAGCAUCGAAAGUUAAACCAAAAAAUAUUGCAAAUAAAUUGCAUCAAGUGUCUUUACCGAUAUUAUUUAGAUAAUACAGAAAAAAAUAAGUAACAAAAAAAUGACAAUUCUGUUUUUUAUGUAACGGAAUAUUAUUUUUGUCAUCAUUUCUUUUGCUAUUUUAUCGAUAUUCAUGGUAAAAUUGAAAGAAUUCUAGUCACGCGAUCGGUACGCCAGACGAAAUCUCUCAAACUCGUCACGUCCAUCGUCACACUUUCGUCCUUGGAAGAAUUGUCCUCGUUCGACGAUUCAACUCACCCUCUUCUCUUUAUCUGGGCCAGGGGACUGUCGUCCUCAUAUCGUUAAUUCUACUAGUAUAGGGACGAGGGAGAAUAGAGAGGCUAACAAAUAAAGGGAAAGAAACGAUACAAAAUAACAGAGAAAAUAUUCUAUCCUUUUCUAUAUCGUGUUUUAUUGUAUAUCUUAAGAACAGCACGUUCACGGUCUGACUUUCUCUUUUCUUGGUUAUUUUUUUUUAUAUAUAUUUCAACGGUCCAAGUCAAGUAAAGUCUGACCCUGAUGGUGGUGAGUCGAUCCGCCGACAGAUGAAAAUUGAUAGUCCCGAUAACAGAAGAGUCGGCUUGACUGAGAGGGUAAAGUAACUAUCGAUUAUUUAUAAUCGUGUGAGCUCAUUCGUUUUCGCAGGGAAAAAUUUAGUGUGAACUUUUUUCAUGUUUAUUUAUUCAUUUACUUUUUUACUACUUUUUUUUUUUUUAUGAAAUUUGAAUUUAAAAAAAAAAUAUUAAAAUUUGAAAUAAUGCGUAAAAGCAAAUACCCCUUGAGCAAAACGUGUGUAUUCGUAGUAUAUGGAUAAUUGUUUAUUAUUUUCAAUGCUAUUGAUGCAAAAGUAAAUACCAAAGUACUAGCACUUAAGAUAAAAAAUAAAACUAAAAAUAGUUUUUUUUAAUUUUCAUUGUUAUUAUUUAUUUGUAUUUUACUUCGUUAACUUUUGUUUAUGUCGUGACUGGUAUUUUAUUAUUUUAGACACGAAUGUUUAGUAGUGAUAAAAUAUUGCGUGAGAAGCUAGAUCAUGAAAUAAAGACUUUUAAUUUUUUUAUAAAUAUAUAUCAAAAUCUAGUCAUCGGGGGUAUUUUUUUUAAAUAUGGUACUGUGCUUUUAAAAUAAAUGAAUAGUAAAUAAAAAAUUAUUAAUCCACGUACAGUUGAAAGUUCGGUUUUGAUUUGAGUUUAAUUAUCAACGAAACAAAUUAUUUUGGUGAGAGUACACAAAGAGAAAUUUACGCUGAAAAUUACAAUAUAUUAUAGGAAUGGUUCCGAUACCGUAUGGUAACCGGUUUUUUUAAAAUAUUGAUUAUAGGAAUAAAACCCAUACAAAUUUUGGUAAACAUUCUCAUCCAUAAAGAGAUUUUUUUUAUAUACGAUAUCGGAAUAGCUCCUAUAAAAUUAUGGUCAUAAUAUGGCCGUGUAUGAUUCAUUUUUCACGGGCACUUCUAGAUUUAACAAAACUUUUUGGUAUAUACAAAAUUUUUGACAAGGGUAUCUCGCUAUGCGUUGAUCUCUUCUAUUUUUUAUUAAAAAAUAAGAAUAAAUGAUAGAAAUUCGUAUUCUAUGAUUCUGAAAAGUUAAAUAUGGAAAAUAAGAAUGAACAAAUAUUAAAAAAGUAAAAUAAAAAAGCCGAGGAGCCUGUAAAGUAAAAGAUCCAAUUCAUAUUACGAUAAGCUUACCAUAGUUCUUCUUCCAAAUCGGAAAUCCUCUACUCACAACUCAGUAUAACAUAUCUCGUAGUCUUUACCAGAUAUCCUGAUAUUCCGGCUCAACUAAAGGCGCGUUAGCUAAUCCCGCAACGAGUUUAGUAUUGAAGGAAUAAAAUGAAGGUUCUGAAAUCUUCAAGAAAUAUAAUUUAUUAAAAACCGAAUAAAAUAUGAGUAUGCAAAAAUACGGGUCAUUCCAUAUCAAUUCAACGACAUUGCGACGGUGAUCCUCUUCGAUUGUUUUGAUUUUUUAAUAUGUUUUCAUACAUGUAGUAAGAAGUCUUCAGCUAAAUUUUCAGCUCUGUAUCUCUAUCCAUUCCGGAGUUAUCAUUUUUGCUUAAAAAAAAAUAUAUCUUUGACUAUAAUUAUGAUAAUCUCACUUCAUAGGGGGUCAAUUUUUGGUAUUUUUUGCGCUCAUUCAGAAAAAUAACUCAAAAUCAGAACAUUUUUCAAUACUUUUUUGGCCAUUUUUAGUCAAAAAAUUCGUUUUCCGUUCUAUGGGACACUUUUGAUUUUUUUCAAAAAAAUUCUGUGUUGGAAACAACAUUUUUUAACCUGAACCCAAGAUGGGCAUCAAAUGUCUUCUAGUAAAACAAAUUAAAAACCAAUUUUUUUUUUUUUUUUUUUUUGUAAUUUUGAUAAAUUUUUCUUCUAAGAUUACGAAUUUCUUCAGAUACUUUCAAAAUACAUAACAUUUCUUAUUUCCGAGUAUUCUCAGUGUAAAAUAUAUUAUUUGACGUGAAAAUGUAUAAGUUAAGUACUUUUUCGCAAUUUAUUGUAUCUUUUUAAAUUGAAAUUCAAAUAUAUCAACCAUUACAUCGUAUUAUUCAGAUUUAUUACUCUCAAAUCCACUACGAUAUUAUCGGUAGUACUUAUCUGAUAUUACUUUAAGACUAUUUGGAGAAAUCACGUGAUCUUAGAAAGAAAAUAAAUUAAAAUUACAAUAGAUAAAUUGUUUUAUAAUUUUUUUUUACUAAAAGUUAUUUGAAGCCCAUCUUGAGUUACGGCUUGAAACUUUUGUUUUUCAACAUAGAGUUUUGGGAAUUUAAAAAAAAAAAUCAAAAGUGUCCCAUAGAACGAAAAAGGAAUUUUUUGACUAAAAAUGGCCGAAGAAGCAUUGAUAUAUGAUUUGUUUCUGAGUUUGAAUUAUUUUUCAGAAAGAAUGUGGAAAAUAAAAAAAUUUCCCCUCCAUGAAGUGAGAUUAUCAUAAUUAUAGUCAAAGAUAUAUCCUUUUUGAGCAAAAAUGAUAAAUCAGUGUAAAAUGAGCGAAUGCUCUGUGGGAUUCUGGUGUAGGUGUGGUUAAUUCAAUAACUAACAACUAACACAAAAAUUACAGAUGAUAAAUCAGAUCUUUAUUUAACAAUAUGUACACUGAAUAACUGUGAGAAAAAUACUUGAUAGCGAAUGCAACUGCAAGAUACGCGAUAGCGAAUGCGACUGUAAAAGAAUGCGUGUAUAAAUUCGACACGUGGUCGGUAGCGGUUAAUGUCGCGAUAAUUAAUUUAUAAUUAAUAACACGCGAGCAACAAUUCAAUAUAUACUCAAUAAUGAGUAGCCUUGAUAUACUAGCUAAUUAUUGAGAAUAUUUAAGCGGAGAUUUAGCGGAGUGGUUCAGAAUUAUAUCACACUAGAGAUAUAUUAUAUUGAGCGAAGCGGUUAGAUGGAUAGCUGUCUUUGUACAGAUCGAUUCACGAUGUCGAUCCUGACUUGAGCGAUGUAGAGCCGGCGUUACCACUCGGUGCUGACGUGGCAUCAUUGCUGCAUAAGACGAAUUUUCCCAUUGGCUUGGAAAGCGCGCCAACAGGAAGUAGUUAACAGCCAAUUCCCUUAUUGGCUGCCGAGCACGCUGAUAUAAGACGAAUUAUUCGAUUGGCCGGCUGGUAGCGGGUUCUCAUACCGUUUUGACACGGUCAUGAGCAAGAAAUUGCAGGUGUCGGGCCCAGGUAGCGAGUGACCCGGCACUAUUCUGACAUUCAAGUCAGUAGUGAGUUCGGUUACUCCCGUACGUAGCGAAAGUACACGAAGCUUUUCAAAAUGAUUAAGCUCGUGACUGAACACUCUGGAAUGGGUGGAGAUAAGGAGCUAAUAAUUUAGCUGAACACUUCUUUCUACACCUACGAAAACAUAUUAAAAAAUCAAAGAGGAUCAUCGUCGCAAUGUCGAUGAAUUGAUAUGGAAAUACCCAUACUCUUCUCUGUCAUUCGUACUUGAUAAUAAUUUGUAUAAAUAAGCAUUUGCAAAUAUUUUUUUUCCAUUCUCCUAAUUUUUUUAAGUUAUAGAAUAAAAUAAUAAUUUAUUAUUAUUACUGCUCAAUAUAUAAAUAUUGUGUCGAAAUAUAUAACCCCGAUGACUAAUAUUUUAGCUUAAUUUUCUAUAAACAUAAUUUUUCACAUGAUAUUAUUAUUAUUAAUACAAAUCACAUCAGCAUCAAAAUUAAUAAAUUAUUGUAAAUAAAAUAUGAUAAGUAAAGUUAAUCAGAACAGGUAGAUUUGCCAUUGUGUCAGAUUAAUUAAACGCUAAUUAAUUAGUAACGUUUGGUGAUAAAGAUAAUAUUAAAAGGUAAUUAUUUUAAUGUACUACAGGGUUAACUUUAAAUUUAUCUAAUGUCUUACUCAUUAGUAUAAAUAAUUUUAAAAUGUAAUAUAAAAAUAUAAUAAUAAUGUUGUAUUAAUCAACAUAAAUACAAUAAUAAUAUCAAUGGCGCCACGUUACUCUUAAAUUUUUAAUGUAAUCAAAAUAAUUAACUAUACAUUGGAAUCAAAAUUAUUUUUAUUGCUCGGGUGACGUUUAAUGUAUAAUAAAAAUAAUGUGUAGACAUUUUUUGACAUCUAAGAGUAAUACAGAAAAAAAUUACAUGUAUUUAUUUCAAUUUAUCAUUGAAUAAUAGUCAACUAAAAUGGAUCUAAAGUCAUUAAGGAUUGCUGAUUAUUUAUGAAAUAGACUAUGUCAUUAAAUAUUUAAUGAAAAAAAAAAAAAUUAAACAUACGUAAAAUAAAAAAAUACCUCGAACUGUAGUGUGUAGAUUGCAGUAUUAAUUUUUCAUCAGUCAUGCAUUUUUUUUAUUAAUUUAUUCUAGUUUAUUUAACUUCAUAUAUAAUGCAAUGUGGGAGCUAGAGUUUCUAAAAUAAUAAUAAUAAUAAUAAUAAUAAUAAUAAUAAUAAUAAUAAUAAUAAUAAUAAUAAUAAUAAUAAUAAUAAUAAUAAUAAUAGUAAUGAAAGAAAAAUUAAAUAAAUAAACGAAAUAACGGAUUACAAAAAAGAAACUAAUGUGGGAAGAAAUAAUUUGGAUUAACAGAGAUAUAAUUCUAACAUUCUACCUUUUAGAUAUAUUUAGAAACGAUGUUUUUAUUUUUGACCGUUUUCUUGACCUGCGUGUAGAUUAAUGUUGACGAAUACUAAAAAGAGCAAACCAUCAAACUGUGGAAAUCAGGAGACACGGUAGUGUUUCACGCCAAGUACACGUUCGAACACAUGUAUAUAUGUGAAGUGACAUGGCGCGAGCCUACCGUGUACAAGCUCGGUAGUGGACAAUUAAGAGUUAGUAGAUAAAUGAAAUACUACAAUACAUUUCAUAUCUUAUUGUAAAAUGAGAAAUUGUUUUUGCUUGUAUAAUUUCCCGAGUAAAAAUGAAAUUAUUAUUUUUACGAAAAAAUUACAAAUUUUCAUCGACCGCGACACCACCGCUGCACCACUACCGCACCAUACCGCCGCACCACCGCUGCACCACUACCGCACCAUACCGCCGCACCACCGCUGCACCAGCGCCGUUUGGCGAACUAUUCCGCCGCACGCUAAAAAUAUAUUCUGCCAGCACCGCCGCUGCACGACCGCCGCACCACCGCCGCACCAAUGCUUAAGCAUACCCGAUUUCACAAAAAAAUGGCAUUUAUAUGCCAAAAUAUCUUAUGAUUAAUUAAUUAAUUAACCCGGUUUAUGGUGAGAGAAAUUUAAUUGUCUGGUAAAAGUGCAUUAUAUAUGGCCAUAUAUUAAAAUUUUCAAUAUAUACAUGGCCAUGUAUAGAAAUUUCAACUAAAUUAAAAAAAAAGACUUACUCAAUUUUAGUAGUUUUUUUUUUUCUUUGAUGAUGCGGAAAUCAAUCAGAUUUGUGAUGAAAUUAAUUUCUAACCGAGUAGAAAUUUUUAAUUUAUGGAAAAAACGCUAUAAAUAUCAACCAAACGCACACGAUUUAGUAGGAUUCGAACCCGGGACCUUACGCACGAAAGACCGACGCUUUAACGACUAGGCUACGCUACCGACAGUGACUACUAAGUUUACUUGUGCUAUAUGAGAUUGAAAAGAAUAUACCACUUUUAAAUCACUAAUAAAAAAUAAUUUACAACAAAAUAUCACAGCUAUGGUGCGGCGGUAUGGUGCGGUAGUGGUGCAAUGGUGGUGCGGCGGUCGAUAAAAAUUUAUAAUUUUUUCGUAAAAAUAAUAAUUUCAUUUUUACUCGGGUUGUCACGGCGGUGGUGCGGCAUUUAUAAAAUAAUCGGAAUUGUCACGGCUGUAGUGCAGCGGUGGUGCGGCGCUUAAAAAGCCGUGCAGCGGUGUUGCGGCGGUGGUGCGGCGGAAUUCUGUUUUUACUCGGGUUAUAAAAUAAAUUAAACCAAAGAAGUAAUUUUUUCGGUUUACGAUAAAAUAUGUUAAAUAGUUUAUAUUUGGAUAUUUACGUACUUUUAAUUUUAAUACUAUUGAUCCUAUCCACGAGUCAUUAAAAAUUAUAACAUUCUGAAUCUUAUACACGGAAAAAAAAUAUAGUAGUCACAACUCUCUGGAAUAGUACUGAGUACUUUCUGUAAAAAAAAAUUUCAGACAGUACUGUAUGCUACCUACACUGUAUCCACUACUGUCUGGGAUUAGUACUCGGUGGUACUGAGGGCUGUGAGAAUGAUCAAAUCGAAUCGAGUUGAGUAUAACUGUUCGAUUGGAGACUUAAAUCGACUAAUUCGAAUGUUCGUAUAAUUCGUAUAGUAGAUCCGUUAGAUCGGUCCAAUCAAAUUGUAUUUUUGUCGAUUAAGAACUGUUACAUGGAUCUACGUAAAUUCAUAAAAUUAAAAUUCAAAAAAAUAGAUCUACGUUAAUUUAAUUAGAUCUCAUUAGAUCGAAAUUAUUUUUUUCCAAAAAGUAAAUAAAAAAUACUGAAGAACAAAAGAUAUGUAUGCUUGUUUAUUUAAAUUUCUUUAUUCGCAAAACGUCAAUCCGAUCGUAUUACGAAUCGUGCCCAGAAUUAAACGUCCAUGAAAUUUUAUUUCCGGCUCUGGUCAUACUACCGGACGCUAGGGAAAUAGCUGUCAUAUAAACGAACGUACAUUGAUUCAUAUAAAACACACAAACAUAAUACUACAUACAUUUAUAUACAUAGUCAUGCGUAGAUAUGUAUGUAUAUAUAUGUAUAUAUAUAUAUAUAUAUAUAUAUAUAUAUAUAUAUAUAUACAUGUAUAUAUAUACAUAUAUAUAACAUUUAAAUGUAACAGAAUAUUUUUGCAUGAAAAGUACGAUUGAAUGAGUUUGCAAUCCCCGGGCAAUAUUACGAUCAUGUUACAUUAUAAUUUGUACGAUAGAGGAAAAGUAGUAUUCGAUAAUCCAGUUUUCCAGUUUGCUAUUAUUCGUCUGUUAAAUUUGCGUACCCAUGGGAUGAUACGGAUUAAAUGGGGCCUAAUCGCGAAUUAAUUAACGAUAAGUCUACAGAGUAAUUACAACUUUUUUUUUUUUUUUUAAUUUUAGUUUCUAACUGUUUGCUCGCUCCCACAAUUAGCGCAAAUGUGUACAUAGUUUGUCCUCCGAUAAUCAAAUCACGUUAAGGCUAAAUUUUCAGUCUGUUUGCUCAUGUAAGUUCAGGUCACAAAUAUAAAUAAAGAUGAGGUAUAAUUAAAAAUAUAAAAAUUUAAACAAAAUAUUUAAAUUAAAUAAAGUAACUGCAAGUCAAAUUAAAUUAAUUAGAAAAAACAAAGAGUAUUUAGCUUUUUCAUCCAGAGCAGAGUGUAGUAGUUUAAUUAGGCAUCUAGAUAAAAUGAUUAAAAAAAAAAAAAUAAAUAAAUAAAUAAAAACGUUUUUCGAAAUAAGUACGUCCGAUAUCACGGUCCCUCCUACUACUUAGCAGUAGUUCAGACCCAAACGAUGCACGCUUUAUUCGAGACUUGAAAUAUGGUCACUUGUUUUGUAAGCUGCACACGGGUCUUAUAGUAUUUUUUAAUAAUUACAUUAGAACAACUUACCUGUGAAUCUUUUUUACUCAUUGACUAUUAUUUAUUCGUUUAUUGAUUACGUAGGAUUUAAAAUUAAUAAGAAAAAAAAAUAAAUUAAUAAAAAAACUUUUUUCCACACGAUUUAUUAAUUGUUAUAAAUAUUUAUCGGAUUAUACGUAUAUUUAAAAAGUUACUGUUGAUUCGAAUAAUUUUGGUUUGAAAAAAACUAUUUAGAAUAAUAAGUAAUUUUUUGUUUUGUUAAAUUUAUUGAGUUUAUUUUAUUUUGUUGUUGAAGAUCAUCAGGCAAGUUGAUUUAUUGUGGUGUUAAUCCUCGAUUAAUUUCGAGUAGAAAUUAGAAUUAAUAUAUUAUUACAUAAUCAAUAAUUUAUUUUGACUCAAUAAAUUAAUUAAAUUAAUUACUACUGAUAUUAAUUUAUUAAUUAUUAUAUUACACUCACAUUUAAUCUGUGGUUGGCUAUAUGAAAUUGAUCGAUGGAAAUUUGUGAAUUUUAUUUUUAGAAUAAUAUGUCAACAGUCAAUCAAAGAUUAAUUGGGUGAUUUUCAAUAAAUGAGUCAAGAUAAAUUUAGGAUACGAUAGUCGACAUACAAGGAGAGAAAUUUGUGGUAAUUAUUACAAUACAUGAUGGGAAUGGUUCCCAUAAUGCAUGGUAACCGGUUUUUUUGAAAUGUCGAUUAUAAGAAUGGCACUCAUAUAUAUUAUGGUUAUCAUUACUACAAUAUUAUAGUAAUCGUUACCAUAAUAUUAUGGUAACCAUUACUAUAAUAUUAUUGUAACCUUUACCAUAGCAUAAUGGAAACGAUUACCAUAAUGAUGGGAAUUGUUCCCAUACUUAUGGGAACUUUUCCCGGAAAGUAUGGGCUAGAUCCCAUAAUUCCAAGUAAUCAUUACCAUAACGGAUUAGGAUGAUAUUUCAUAAACGUACUUGGAACAGUUACCAUAAGUUUCUCUCCGAGUUAAAUUAAUAGUUAUGAUAUAAUUGAAUAAUUGAGUUGAUAAAUUUGAAAGGAUAAUUUUUUAAAAUUGAAAAUUAUUAAAAUUACAGGCUAGCGUAU